AUGAGCGGCGUGCUCACGCCUCACAACCAAAAGAUUAAAUCUAAGGCGCGGAACAAGACCCCGCUGAGCAAGUCACCGCACCCCGUCGGUUUGUUGAGCCCGAACGAUGACCAACUGGAACGGCAGAAAUCACUCCUCUCGCGCGAGGCCGAGGAGGCGAUGCGACGAGACUUCGCGAAGGAAUUGGACGAAAACGCCGAGUCAGCUCCGGUGAAAAAGCCGAGCAAGUUGGAGGAACUCACUGACGCCGCAUCGGCGGGGCCGAGGCCGGUGAAGAAGCUCUCUGCGGAGGCGGUCCUGAGCCUGUACACGAACUGCAUCAAGCUAGCUUCGGAGAACAAAAUCAACUCCAAGAAUACAUGGAGCCUGGCACUGAUCGAUCACAUCAGUGACAUCGUCAAGAACGAGAAGGAUGAGGAUAACCAGACGAAUUUUCAAAAAGCAAGCUGUACCCUUGAAGCUGGUGUGAAGAUUUACGCUUCUCGAGUCGAUUCGUUCCACAACGAGACAUUCAAGAUGCUUGGUGGCAUGAACAAAGUCUCAUCGAACGGUGAGGAAGAAGAAGACGCGCGUCAAGGCCUCGGCGAUGGCGCUGAAGGAAGUCAGUUACCUGAAGAUGGUGAAGGCAUGAAAACGAAAAAGCGUCGAGCCGCCGUGAAUACCUUGGAGCAACCAGAAGCGCACUCAAUGAAGCAGCUCGAUGAAACGCUCGUCGUAGAUCCGCUUUUCCAGAAGACAAGUGCCAUGUUCGAUGAAGGUGGGGCUUCUGGUCUUUUGUUGACCAACUUAUCGGUGCACAAGGGGUGCAACAUUUGCUUCGACUCGGAGGAGGUGCCAGAUUACACCAAGGGUGAUGAAGUGCUGACUGCGGGAACGCUUGACCUCUCCUCGCUGCGCUCUUCCAUUGAAGUUGCUACUUCAGCGAUGGAAUCGAUCUCUCGCAUCACUCCUUCUAUCGAUGCGAUUCAGACCAUGCUCACAGAAGUCACAGGUGUGGCUCCUACCAAGGCGUCCGAAAAGACUACUGAAGGUGAGUCUGGCUCAUUCUUUGCGAACUCAACGCUCGAAGGGGUCAACUUUGCCGAAUACGAUGACGAAGAAGACGACGCGGAGGAGAGUCCCGAAGACUGGGCUGUCGGCGGAGAUGGGUUUGGUGAUGAAAACUGGACUGAAGACGGCGAUAGAGAUAGAGCUGUCGAUGACACAGUUUUAUCCACUCAAGAGGGCGGUUUAGAGUGGAUUGUUUCGUCUGGCUUGGGUGGCAAGAUGGGUUGGGCCGGUCCGUCACACUGGCAAUUCAGAGCUCCGCCUCGUCCCAAGCAAUCCCCGCACGGCGAUGAAGAGGGUGAAAGCAGGGGCCAAAAGAAGCGAGGGAAAGGUGAGCUCACUUACGACUUUGAAAAUCCGACCGAGUUGGAUGAACGAAGAUUUGAACUUGCUGUGGACGAGGACGAUUUACUACUUGCCUCGGCUCCAAGUGCGUCAGAUACGCUUCUUCCACCAGAUCUCGGCUACGAAGCAUCCAAUCUGAUCAAGUUGUUCUUAAAAUCGCAAAACGUUGCUGGACUGGUACAUUACGACUUAUCGAUGAAUCAGGACAUGGGUGAGUUUGCGUCGCCGCCGGUCGACGAUCCGGCUGAGGGUGAGUUUGAUGAGGGUGAAGAACUGGUUGGCGAGGCGGGAGGAUGGUACGAAGCCGGCGAGUUCGAUGAAGAUGGCGACUUAAUAGAUGCCCCGAGGCGUGUCGAAAAGAUUGAGGUCAACUACGCUCGAACUGCCAAGCAAGUGAACGUCCGUGCGCUGAAGCAAACGCUCUGGUCAAAUCUCGAGGAGUCCACAUCGCAUGAGGAAGUUCAUUCAUUCAACGAAAUACUCCGAGAAUUCCCUAUAGAUAACCCAGCUGGACACGUUGAGGAUAUUAGUGUACAUAUGGCGUUCAUCUGCGCUCUUCACCUCGCCAAUGAGCACGGCUUGGUGAUUAACAGCGUUCCUACAAUGGACGAUAUGUGUAUUUCCAACGUUCCAUGCGAGGUAAAAUAA